CGUGUGCCACAUUCAAAUCUGAUCUGAACGUCCAGUUGGCUUCUUAGCAAAACAGUAGAAAACGCGGAACGGGAGAGAGUCGCGAUCGCAGAACGUGUUGCUUCGUGUAUGUAUGCCUGUCACUAUGUCAUAUCGCGCACCGGCGAAACGAGUCGAGACGCGGUAGUGCGCAUCACAGCGACAUCGGCGGUGUGUUCCGGCGGGGUGUGAUAUAUAUAUAUAUAUAUACAUAUACAUAUAUAUAUAUAUAUAUGUGUGUGUAUGAAACGUGAGUAAAUGUAUUGAGACGCGUUCAGUUUCAGACACAUUGAGACGUGUUCUUAGGUUGUCUCUCUUUCUCUUUUUCUCCUAGUUUUACACGCUUACUUACUUCGAAGUAGCGAAACUCACGAACGCGUCUUUAGGGGAUACCCUUCGCACGUGCUGAAUACGACGGCGGCGACUUAUUCUUCCGGUUCUUCCUUUGUCAUUCACGUACGAAUUUUCGCGCGCGCCCGUGCCCGCGCUCUUCGACUCGCAAGCACCCAAUUUCAUGUAAAUGUCCCGGGUGCGCAUAGUGGUUACAUCACGAAUCAGAUUCCACACGACGACGUGGAAUUAUGUGCAUGGAUGUCCAGUUUAAUGAGAAGAUGGGCGACAAGAGCACCGACGAGGACGUACAGAUCAUCGAGGUAUUCAUCAACAAAGAUUUUGAGAAAGUCGUCGUUAAGCAAGAACGUCCAGACGAUGCGGAAAUCCGUGAAUUGGCUGCCAAAAUGGUGGAAGCACACAAGGCGAAAAUGCUGGCGAGCAUGCCAGCAGUACAACAACAACAGCAGAGGCAGCAGUGUCUUAUACCGCAGCCUAAUCUUCCCGGUAUUCUUGGAUAUCUGCAUAAACGACCAACUGAUGGAUCGUCCGCUCCGAAACCGCCGAGUGGUGGUUUGGAAAGUAAAGUGCCGACGCCGGACGACGACAGCCAGCGGGGACGAUUCGGUUGGACGAGCUUCGACGAAUGUCACAUACCUUAUAUAUUUCGCUCCGGUGAAAAGUAUUGCGCCGUACGCAUCCUAGAAUCUAAGCUUCUCAACAAGUACCUGAGUUUUCUUCAUUCGGACAUCUACAGUUGCACAUGUAUAAGGAGUUAUUACAUUACGGAGGCUGAGAGCAAGUUGUUUAACGAGAUUAACACCAAGCACUGCGAGAAUCAAUUCGGGAGGGACGUGUUUACGUGUAAGGACUUAGUGGUGCGUUUAUCGGACGCCAAGGAAUUUUAUACAUUUCUCGAUGUGUGUUAUACCAAACUGACCGCCGGUACCAAUCCGAACGUGACAAGCGGACGCAAAGCGGAGAAAUGUGGUUUCAUACGAAUAAACAAAGAGUCUGUAGUACCUUAUACGGUAAAGGAUAGUUUGCAAUAUGUGCCGCUGUUUUAUUUUGAGGGCGAGACGGAAAAUCUCAAGCUAAAAGCGGAAAAGCUUGAGGGCUGGGAUUUGUCGUAUUUGAAAUUUUGCUGCAAAGUACAGGGUAUACGUAACGAACUGUUUGCGAGUGAAACGUGUUCGGUAAUCAGUUUGAGUGACAUUAAGAGUUACUUUCCACCGGGUACCGGCUUCGAGGACUACUGGCCGACCAAAGUUAUGGACUCACAGUUAUUGGUGAACAGCAACGGAAGCGGUACCGGUGGUGGAUGGACAAAACAGCCACCUACACCGCCGGCAACUAAACCUCCUUCCGUGCAGAGCGCGAACAAAGUGGCACCACCUCUAAACACGCGUACCGUACCGAUGCCUAAUAUGAUGCCACGAGGGGGGACUGUCGCGAGUACGGCAGCGCAGAUGCCACGAAUAGGACAGCCGAGGCCUGUAGUGACGCACCCCGCGCAUUCCUCCCCAUCGGGACUUCCUACCGGUAGAUCAAAUAUGCCGGUAGUGUCGCAGCCUAUGUUGAAUACCGUUCAAGGUGUGGUUAACGGCCAUUGGUCAGGCCUCGUCGGUGGUCAACCUACCUUUCAAACGGCACUCAAUCCUCAGGCCAGCAUUAUACGAGCGACUCUGAACAAUGUGAUGCACAACCAACAGAUGACAACUGCUCCCAAAAGCUAUUCUCAACAGUCUAGAAGUAGAGGGAGCAGUAGUGGAGCAGCAGCUCAGUAUCCUGGGGUAUACUCGACGACAACUAUGCAAGGGGUUGCUCAAGUCCAACCACCGCCUCUUAUACGAGCAACUGUUCACUCCAAUCAACCGAAUCUCGGUUAUCCCACCUAUGGGAAGGAUGACUGGGUGACCACGACAUAUACAACACCUACGUUAGGUGUACCUAAUGCAGUCACAGCAACUACAUAUCCACAAAUGCUUGGUUUAAGCGAACAAGUCCAAGCUUUAAUGCCAGUACCUACAUCAGCACCAAAUUUAUUACAUCCUCAAAGGCAUACACCAUCUGUGCAUAACACAUCUCAUUCAAAAUAUCCACCUCCUCUGAUACCAGUUAAUGGUAGCAGUGGUAGCGGCAAUAGUAGCGGUUCCAGGGAUACCCGAGGGAAGAAACCACUGAUACCAAUAUCGGACCCACAACAUAUUACUACUUGUCAUGUACAACCAUACCAAAUACAGAAAGCAUUACUUGAAGAAAAGAUGGUACCCUGUAUUAAUUUCAAACCUUACAUAUAUAGCGAAUUGCUGAUGACACUUCCUGACUUCGUUUCCAAUUUUUUCCCUGCCUGUGACAUCGAGAGUUGUAGACAAGUUCUUACAGAUGUACUACAUAUAGAAUUAUAUCAAGGAAAUAGACUGCAAAUGAAGAUGUUAAUGGAAGCAGGCAAAUGUUCUUCAUUAACAGAAGAUCUACCUUUAAUCCAUAUUAGGAGUAUAAUGAAAUAUAUGCCACAAUUCAAGUAUAUGUUCAAUAGAGGAGAUAUGGUCAUGCCUUCCCUAGCUCAUUCGUCCGAAGAGCACCCUGCCAAAAAGCGUCAACGUACCAGCUAGGAUUGGCUACAGCCUUACUGGCCUACUUAUGACUAUUACCAUUCGGCUUUCUAAAGCCGAUAUUCUCAUGAUUGUAUUUUGGAACGCCUUUGAAAGUUAGGUGCAUCUAAAUACAAGUAUAUAACGUCGCGUAUGAUGCGUGACAAAAUUUACAUUGAUUCUGACGAAUUCAAAGUGUAAAGUGACACAGUGGUGAGAGCUAUUUCUUUCUCCAAAGUGUAUUGAAGAGGACGUGACUGUAAAUAACAUUGAAACGUGUAAAUUUAAAAUAUAAUUGACAAUUCAGAUUUGCUUUCUACGUAGAAAGAUUUAUUUCAAUAGUCGGCAUUAGAUGUCGCUUUCGAUCCAGUUUUCGUGUAAACAUCCACUCUUCUCGUACCUUGACAAUAAAUCGCCGGAUAUGCGUUAUUACAGCGUUUCAUGACUUCGGAAAUAUGGUACACAUAUAAUUGAAUUGUAUCUUUUGCCAAAUUGUUAUCAAAAUUUUUUUGACGUGACCGCUGUUGAGACAAAGCACGCUUGCUCGCAUCUGUCAUUUGUCAAGAUAAGAACGAUAAAGGAGGGAAUUGUUGACACGAAAAUCGAGUCAACAGAAAGUCGCAUCUGACGUCAAUCAUUGAUUUAUUUUAUUUCUAUUUUUGAGAGAUCUGUUAUAAUGUAAAAAUUAUUAUAUUGUUACACAACAAAAUAGACCUAAAAUAGAGAACGGUCUUAUUUUCAAAUUAAAUGUAUCCUCUAUCAUUCCACAUACAUACUUUUGUCCCUCUCUUACACACACACACACACACACAUGCGCGCGCGCGCGCAAAAACAUGUGAGUGCGCAACAUACAAACAUGUCGUUUCUACCUCUUUGCACACAGUGAAUACUAUUCUUUUAGACUUAAAUUUUACGUGUGUUCUUAUUAUGCAUUAGUAUCUUGUGUGUAUAAAAAAGUAAAAGUUCUAUUUUAAAAAAAAUUCGGAGAAAGAAAAGGCUAUUGUCCCAUUUAUUGUAAAUGGGCAUAACGUGCUAUAGAGUUAUUCAGAAUGAAUAACCUAUUUUGCAUAUUAAAUAUAUAUCAAUAAAAAAAGCGAAAAAUGGAAGUAAAGCUUCUUCAAGUUCCUAGCUAUUACUAGUGCGUAUCCUGAUAACUAGCUACAAGCUAAUUUAAAAGCGUUAUACUAUUCAUUGCUAUAAUUUUGCGUGAGUUUUUGUACCAUUUUCUUAAAACUCGUUAAAAAGCGUUAAGGUAAUUUAUUGAUGAACAGUUUUCGUUUCGAGUGUUAAAAAAUAUAUUGUGUACAACAAGAAUGUGAUGACGUACUGAGCGAAAUAAUGGAAUAUGCCUACUUAAUGUGAAAAGAUAGCAGUGAGCAAUAUCUCAUGGAUACAUUUGUAGGAUAUAUGAAUAAUGUACAAGAUCUGACACUGUCAUACAAUUGAUAAGAAAAGAAAACUGAUCUUUUUGUAUCUUUUUUUCAAAUAUAGAGAGAGUUAAGAAUAAUAUUUCGCCAUAUUGCUGCUGCAUCUUUCAGACAUUCGCACUGUAAACUUUUGUUUUAAAUAUUUCGAAAUUUCUAAAAUUUGUUACGCGAUAAAAUUUGAAUAACUUAAUAACUUUUGAGUUUGUUGAAGACAAGUAUCUCGUGAUGGGUUUAGGUGAAAAUUUAUUGAGUCGAGUGGAAAAGACUGCGUCUAUAUAUAAAAAUAUAAAAAGUUUGUAAAAGUGUACGACAAACAAUAUAUUUAUUAUGCCAAAUGCGUUAUACGCACCAAGUGUGAUAACCAAUGUACGAUAAAGAUCUUAUAAAGAAAGAAACGUUAUGAGUCCAAAAUUGAGGUGGUUUCGCUAAAAGCGGAGCUUUAUUGUGCAAUUGUAAUUGUUUCGCACCUUUAACCCAGUUCACAGAUACGUUAAAUUUAUGUAUGCAUUU